AUGGCAUUAUAAUAAUCAUAAAGGUAUGAUGCUGAUGAAAAUUUAUCUAAAUUUCUUAAUAAAGAAUUAGGUAAAUCAAUAAAGUUCUAAAAAAAACAUGUAAUAAUUUGAUUUUAUAGAUUAGGAGAAAGAACUCAAUAAUUUGUUAGCUUACCAAUAAAUACUUUAAGAUGAGAAAUUAAAGAAUGAAAAUAAAUUGCACUAAAUGUUUUACAAAGAGAAAUUGAUUGAUCAUUAAAAAAAAUAAAAAGAAGAUUUUGUAAUAUUAUCAUCUUAAUUUAGUUAAAAGAGCAAAAAGUUAAUAAAGAUCAUUAAUAUUUAUAUAAAUAAAAAGAAAAUGAAUAUAUCAAUGCUUUAGAUGCAAGUUGGUGCUUUUAUUAAGAUUAUUCUCCAUCUAAAGAUAUGAAACCAUUAAAAGUAGAUGCUGAAAGAGAGAAGGUUCUUCGAUUUUUAUACAAAUAACUUUAAACAACUAAUGAUAAUGUUGAAAAAGCACUUAUAAAAAAGAAGAUCAAUAAAUUUAGAGAUUCAGAAGUAUCAUUCAUGUCAUAAUUUUGAAUAGAUAUCAAAAAAGAAAUUAGAUUAAAUAGAUCAUAAAAUAGAAUAUGCAAAAUAAGUAAGAAGUGAAUCACUUGAUAGAUCUAUUGAUAAAAUUAGAAUACAUGAUAUGCAUAUUAUUGAUGUAUAAGAAAAAAGUAAUAUCUUAAAUUAAGAGAAACAAUCUUAUUAUAUAGAUAAAAUAAAUUAAAUAGAAUAGAAGAUAUAAAUGAUAGAAAAAUAAUAAUAGCGUAAUAAACUAAAUAGAUUAAAUAUUGAAUAAUAAAAAGAUGAGUAUCGUUAAGCAGUGAGAUCUAAUUCUUAAACUUUAAUGCAUUAAAAGGAAUUAUUGAAUUAGAAUCAUUUUAGUGAGAAAAUAUAUAAAUUGAACUUUUUAGUGGAUUAAAAAUAAAAAUUAUUAAAAUAAAGAUAAGACUUAUUAGAUUCAUUGAAUUAAAAAAGAGUUAUUGCUCGAAAAUCUUUGGAUGAUGUUAAAUAUCCUCAGUUAAACUCGAAUAAUUACAAAGCAAUAUAUUUUUGA